CCACGCCCCCGCGACACAGAUGCACCCAGUCGCGCACUGAAACCCCCCACGCCAUCAUCGCCCCAUCAACGCGCAGCUCGCGUAACAUUUGCAGGCCCUCAUCGUCCCCUCGAGGUCUCCGUUUGCCAUGGCGGACCAGCUCAGCGAGGAGCAGAUUGGCGAGUUCAAGGAGGCCUUCAGCCUCUUCGACAAGGACGGCGAUGGCAGCAUCACCACCAAGGAGCUUGGAACCGUGAUGCGCUCCCUUGGCCAGAACCCGACCGAGGCAGAGCUGCAGGACAUGAUCAACGAGGUGGAUGCGGACGGCAACGGCACCAUCGACUUCCCAGAGUUCCUGAACCUGAUGGCCCGCAAGAUGAAGGACACCGACUCAGAGGAGGAGCUCAAGGAGGCGUUCCGUGUGUUCGACAAGGACCAGAACGGUUUCAUCUCUGCAGCGGAGCUCCGCCAGGUGAUGACCAACCUCGGGGAGAAGCUUUCUGAGGAGGAGGUGGAGGAGAUGGUCCGCGAGGCCGACGUGGAUGGCGACGGCCAGAUCAACUACGACGAGUUCGUCAAGGUCAUGAUGGCCAAGAGAAGGGAGAAGAGGAUAGAGGAGAGGAGAGCGCCGUCGGCCAAGAAGAGCGCUGCAGGGGCGUCUGGUGCAAAGGGCAACAAAUGCAUAAUCCUCUAGCUGAAACCAUCGAGCGUGCAUAGUGUGUGUGGUGCGCUCGGAGCGCUGGUCCCCGACCGACGCAUCUGAGCUGUUGUAUGUAUCAAUGUAUGUUCAUGUGUAUCCCGGUGUAUGAUGGCCAUCGGCCUACGACUGUAACCAUUCUCAAGGUAAACGAAUAAAGUUGCUCUGUGUCUUGCAGAAAAAGAAGAAA